AUGGCGCACCACUACCGAGUGCGCCACUACUGCCAAACGACUAUUCCAAAUUUUCCCAGCAUCCAUUUCCUCCCCAUCUCCACUGCCACCACCUCCCCCUCCCCCUCCUCUCCAUGGCCGACUACCACCGCCCCUACCAUCGCGACCUCCGCCCCCGCCGUCCUCGGUCCCGGAUCCCACCAUCUUCCACGGCAAUGGUUACUUCUCCUCCGUCUCUCCACAAGCCAACGGCUACUUCUCCUCCACACCGAAAGACGGCGCCUUCCCCAGCGCAGGCGACCGUUGGAUCGAGAUCUACAAGACGGCGCCUCCGCCUCUCCCACCACCUCCGCGCCUCCGCAAGACGGCGUCCAGUGGGCUGAGGCCGCCUCCUCGGCCGCCCUCCGCCAGUACCGUGCCCUCCCCAAGAAGGGCAAGCCACAGGGGCGCAAGUCCGCCGUCCUCGCCGCCUUCCUUCUCUCCUCCCCGGAGAACCCACUCAACCCCAUCGUCCUCUCCCUCGCCACCGACACCAAAUGCCUCGGCGCAGCACGCCUCGGACCUCGCGGUGACCUCUUCCAUGACGCCCAUGCUGAGGUCAUCGCCCGCCGCGCGCUCCUUCACCUCAUCUAUGCCGAGAUCGGUACGGACAACCCACCAAGUUGGUUGGUCGCCUCUGGCACUGAUGGGCGGUGGAGGCUUAAGGACGGGCAUCAGCUGCAUCUCUACAUCACCCAGAUCCCCUGUGGCGUAUCACCGGUGCCGCCGUCACCCUUGGAGGUUCGAAGGGAACAACUGGAUACCAUGGUCAAUGGAUGCAAUGGUAUGCUUCUUUCUUAUUCUUGGUGUUCUGCAGGAGUUGAAUGA